CAAACGCCUUCCUUGGUGGACCCAGAGACUGCUGGACAAAACAGCUGACUGAUCAGCUUUUGUACGAUGUGACAUCUCUGUCAGCGGCCUGAGGAAUGUGGCGCCGUCCGCGACUUCUAUCCGGUAUCCCGUUUGUUUACUCUCAUCCUGCGUUGGGUUCUCUUCUUUACCGGUCGGCGAGAUGGCAUCUAACACUGUCGAAGUAUUCGCAGAGUACAUGAAGUACCUUGACACCGAUCAGCAGCUCAGAGAGAGCUUGAGGUCACAGGUGCAGGUCAUAGAGGAGAUUGCCCGGAAGAUUCAAAACAUCCUUGGGAACAUUCAUCAAGCCAGCGAUCGUGAAAAGAUAACAAAGGUAUGCAGUGAAGCUACCUCCCACUUCCCAUCAGUGCAAAAUGAAAUCCAGAAGUUGAAGGAGAUGCUGCUUGGAAGGGAAUAUUAUAGAUUCCAUGACCUCUGGAGAUUUGUGAUGCAGCGUUUAUCUUCACAAGUGGUACUCAUUGCAUAUCUGAUGCAAGAUCAAGUCAUACCACUUGAAGAAGUGGCCACUAAACUGGGGUUGAACGGUGACAGCAAAGAAGGAUUCCACCUGGACCUGGAGGAUUAUCUUCAUGGUGUUCUUCUUAUGACCAUAGAAUUGUCUCGGUUUGCUAUCAACGCUGUGACUGCAGGUGACUAUGAACGUCCUCGAAAAAUUGCCUCCAUGUUGUCUGAGCUUCAGGCUAGCUUUGGGCUCCUCAAUUUGAAGAACGAUUCCUUGCGGAAGAGAUUUGAUGGCCUCAAGUACAAUGUCAAGCGAGUAGAAGAGGUGGUUUACGACUUGUCAAUUCGUGGCUUGCUGCCUCCAAGGGCAAAGGCCACUUGAUUAUCUAUUUGUUGAUUCAUUUUGGUUUUUCUCCUUUGAUUUGAUUUUGUUGAUUUUCUACUUGUGUGAAUUCAUGGCCUUCAAGAAGUUUUCAAAUGAAGGAAAGUGGAUUACCUGCUGUA